AACAAAACCCGAAAAAUGUCAAUAAAAACAUUUCGUGAUAAAAAAUUUUAUUUAAAUAAAUUAUUUUUCAAUUAUGAAUUCAAUAUCAAUAUUGAAUUCAAUAGAUUACAAAUGGAUGAAUUUUGGUUUUUCCUCGAGAAAUAUCUGCAAAAAAAAUCAGCCAAAACAGCAACUUGUCAUCAGGAUGAUAAUCCGGAUAAAUACAAUCGUUUGAUUGAAGAAUUACAAGAUAAAAUUCCUAAAGAAUGGAAAAAUAUUGAUCAAUUACGAGAACGAUUACGACAAAAUGAAUUUGAAAAUGUCAACGUUUCUCGUAAAGAAUUGACGGAAUUUCGAAAUAUUUUAAUAACAUUUGUUGAUUUUAAUCUGAAAAGAAAACAAAAAAAAUUAGAAAAACUUUUUGAAUUUCAAAAAAACUUACCAAUUUAUGAAUAUAAACAAACAAUUUUGACGAAAAUCGAAUCCAAUUCGGUUGUAUUGAUUGCAGGUGAUACUGGUUGUGGAAAAUCAACACAAGUACCACAAUAUCUUCUACGAAAUGGUUAUCAAAGAAUUUGUUGUACACAACCAAGAAGAAUAGCUUGUAUUGCAUUAUGUAAUCGGUUGAAAUUUGAAACAGCCGACAAUCAAUCGGGUAAUUCAGAAAUUGGUUAUCAAAUUCGUUUUGAAAAAAACAAAACUAAAUUUACGAAAAUUAUUUUCAUGACCGAAGGUUUAUUAUUACGUCAAAUGAUUGAAGAUCCAUUACUAUCGAAUUAUGAUGUAAUAAUUUUGGAUGAAAUUCAUGAACGUCAUUUGACAAGUGAUUUCUUACUUGGUGCCAUCAAAUGCUUGCUGCAUAAAAGAAAAAAUGAUCUCAAAGUAAUCCUGAUGUCAGCAACAUUAAAUUGUGAAUUAUUUUCAAAUUAUUUUGGUCAAUGUUUUGUUAUAAAAGUACCUGGUCGUCUUUUCCCAAUAAAAACCGAAUAUUUCCCACCGGAUAAAGUAAAUAUUUUUAAAGCAGCUACGAAUAAAAUAAAUCCCGAUCCUUAUCUGAAAAUACUUCAACAUAUCGAUUCACAAUAUCCAUCGUCAGAAAGGGGUGAUGUACUUGUAUUCUUAAGUGGAUUUGCUGAAAUUGAAUUUAUCGGUGAAAAACUCAAAGAAUAUUCUUCACAAAAUAAACGAUGGAUAAUCCUGUAUCUUCAUAGUGCAUUAUCAUUAUCUGAACAGGAUAAAGUAUUCGAUGUUUGUCCGGAUGGUUAUCGUAAAUGUAUAUUAUCGACAAAUCUGGCUGAAACAUCGAUUACAAUCGAUGGUAUUCGUUUUGUAAUCGAUUCCGGUAAACAUAAACAAAUGUAUUAUGAACCAUCAAUUCGUAUGCAUCGUUUACAAGAAAUUUGGGUAAGUAAAGCAUCGGCUGAACAACGAAAAGGUCGUGCUGGUCGUACUGGACCUGGUAUUUGUUUUCGGCUUUAUUCUCAAAAUGAUUUUGAAAAUUUUGAAAAUUUUUCCAAACCUGAAAUUCAACGUAUUUCGCUUGAAUCAUUAAUAUUGAAUAUGAUUUCAAUGGGAUUGAAUGAUGUUCGUAAAUUUCCAUUUAUUGAACCACCAAAUACGUUGGUCAUUGAAAAUACAAUAAAAUAUCUGAUCAAUUAUGGAACGUUGGAUGAAAAUGAAAAUAUAACAUAUUUGGGAAGAAUUUUAUCAAAAUUGCCCGUCGAUAUUCCUAUUGGAAAGAUGUUAAUAUUAUCUGUUUGUAUUAAUCUUUCGGAAUAUACAUUAUCAAUGGCCGCUUGUCUGAGUGUUCAAUCAAUGACCACUAUACGUUCAAGAAAUGAUAGAGAAAUAUUGGAUGAAAGAAAAUCAAUGUUAUCAAUUGAUGGUGAUAUGUUUAGUAGUAUGAAUUUUUAUAAACAAUGGUUGACGAUGAAAGCUUCGAAUCAUCAUCAUUCAAUGGACAUACGUUCUUGGUGUCGACGAUUAGGUUUUGAAGAACAACGUUUUCAUGAAAUAACCAAAUUACGAAGACAAUUUGAAGAUAUACUUAAAGAUAAUGGUCUGAUUGAUUCGCGAAGUAAUCGUGAAUCAACAGAAUCGCUGAGCAAAAUCGAAAGAAUUGAAAAACAUAAAGAAAAAAAAUUAUUUAAAAAAUUAAAAAUCGAAGUUGAAAAAUGUCGAAAUAAUAAAAAACGAAGAUUAUUGCGAGCGGAUGUCGAUGGUAUCGAUGGUGAUGAACGAAAUAUCGAUGAUGAUGAUGAUGAUAAUCAUUAUAAAGAUUAUAAAGAAUUGGAAUUUAAUUUAUUAUUCGAUUCUCAUUAUAUCAAGGACACUGAACAAAAACAUUCAUUAAAACGAGAAGAAUUCAAUCUGAUCAAAUCGAUUAUUUUGCUAAGUUUUUAUCCACAAAUGGCUAUCGCUGAUCAAGAUAAUUCCUAUCAAUGUGGAUCGGAUCAAAUUUUUCAUACAAAGGAAAAACCAUUUGUUGUUUUACAUCCAUCCAGUAUUUAUUAUAGUGAACCUGAAUCAUUACAACCAUCAUCCAGAAUUGAAUCAAGCGAAAUGGGUAAUCUAUCAAAUGAUCAUUGCUUACUUGGUUAUAUAUCAUUUAUUGAAACAAAUAAAAGUUAUAUUUGUAAUUGUUAUCGUUUAUCAUCGAUACAUUCAUUAAUGUUAUCCAGUCAAGAAAUUGAUACAAAUUUGGAUUGUAGUCGAAUUAUAUUUGAUAAUUGGCUGGAAAUUCGAUUUAAACAUUCAAAAGAUGGACAAGAUCUUUUGAUUGAAGCAAUAAAAAUACGAAUUGAAUUGGAAAAAUUAUUAACAUUGAUUUGUAAAGAUUUGAAUAAAGAUGAUAAUGUUGGUGGUAAUCUUGACGAUGGUGAUGAUAAUGGCGACGAUGAAAAUAAUCUUUUCCAAUUAAAACAAAAUUUUAUUGAAAAAAUUAAAAUGUUUUGGAAAUUUCGUAUAAAAUAUGCACAAAAACGUUUGCUGUCAGCCGAUUUGAAACAAAUUUAUUCAAAUGUUUCGCAAAACAUUCAAGAUUUACGUAAAGAUUCGAUGGAUAAUAAAUUGGUGAAAUUUUUAUUGGAUCAGCAAACGACAAAUCAAUCUUCAUCAAACAAAGGUGGUUUUCAUUAUUUAUUCAUCAAUUUUAACUGUUUAAAACAAACCGGAAUCGAUUGUCCAAUAAUCGAUAAUCGUCGAUGGUUCGAUUGUGCUCAUUGUAAACAAAAAUAUCAUCUAACACCAAUCGAACAGGUUCGACAUGAAGAAUCUUGUUCGACGACGACCACGAAGAAGAAAUCAAAAACCGAAUCAAAAGAUGAUAAUGAUACAACCAGCGAUUCAAAACAUCAAUAUUAUUGUCAACAUUGUGAUAAAAAAUUAUCAUUUCAAUCCAAUAUUGAUAUACUUCGACAUCGAAAACAACAUUCAGAAAAAUGAUGAUGGUGAUUUUGGAUGAUUUGAUUCGACUUGACAAGCGUAACUUUUUAUUGAAUUAAUCGAAAAAACUCAAAUCAAAUUUCCAAGCUGAUUAAAUCUGAAUAACAACAACACCACUGUGGCACGUGUUUCAUCAGUCAUCAUCAUUCGAUACAAAACAGCAGUCACAUCUGUCAACUUUUCCUAUCCAAAAACGAUAAUAAUAAUAAUAAUCAGAUUGAAAGUGGUUUUUGUGUUUUUCGGU